CCCUACUGCAGGAGCUGGCACCAGCACGAUCCAGACAGCGUCACCUCAGAAACAAGCAAGUUGAAGCAAAGCGGAGACUCCACUUUGGGGGAGAAAACCGAAAUCCAGCCAACAGCUCCAAACCCAGACUCCAUCCACACUACUCCUAGGCGAACACGGCCUGGGUGUAACCUUUUACACCACCAAUAUCUGAUCAUUAAUGGUGUGGGGGCUUUUUUAAGAUAAAAAAGCAUCGUUUCAGGGCCAAAUCUCUCAAUUUGGAGCUUAGCGUUUGAGACGAAGGUAUGUUAGCAGUGGGCAGGCCUCAACCAGAGCCGACCCGGGACAGGCGGCUGCCCCUCGGCCCUGCUCCUCACAGCAGCCCGGGGACUGAGGGGUGCCCGGCCCGGCCCGCAGGCGGCUGACAAGAAGCACUCCCCCCCUCCCAAGGAAGCGGCACCGGCCUCCCCGGGGUUGCCAAAUGGCGCUCAGGCCCGGCGAGGCCCAGGGCUGAUGGGGAGAGGCGCACACCCGCUGCCGGGCCCGGCGCUCCGCAACCCACAGGCCGGGCGGCCUCCACGCCCCACGCCCCGGGCAGGGCGGGCGCCACGAGGAGCGCUCCGUGACGGCUGUGGCCCGGGGCCGGGCUGCCCGCCCCACCUCACCACGACGCACCGCCGGUUCCCUAUUCCGGGCUGCCGCGGGUGGGCAGCGCAGCGCGGCGGGAUGGCGUCCACGCUGCUGGCCCUGGCUCACUGGAGCACCUGGGCGGUGUGCGCCGUGAUCAAGCUGCCGCAGCUGGCGGCGGUGCUGGCGGCCGGCUCGGCGCGGGGGGUCAGCGUGGGCAGCCUCCUCCUGGAGCUGGCCGGAUUCCUUGUGUUUCUGAGGUACCAGAUUUAUUAUGAUUACCCUCUGCAGACAUACCUGGAAUAUCCCAUCAUCAUUGCACAAGAUGUCAUUCUUCUUUUGUUUAUUCUGCGUUACAGUGGAAACAUGAAACAAGCUUUGUUCUAUGCAGUCACGUUUUGGGGAGUCUGGUACAUGCUGACACUGCGGAAGUGGAUAAUAGACCUGGCCAUGAAUCUGUGCACGUUCAUCAGUGCAGCCAGUAAGCUGGCUCAGCUGAGGUGUCUUUGGCAGACAAAAGAUUCUGGACAAGUGAGCGCCCUGACCUGGAGUAUGUCUGCAUACACCUGUGCAACAAGAAUAUUUACAACUGUAAUGACUACAAAUGAUUUUGCAGUUCUCAUCCGCUUCAUAACCAUGCUCAUUCUCAAUCUUUGGGUCACAGCCACAAUCCUGUACUACAGGAAAACUAAAAAGAUGGAUUAGAAGACACUCGUCAGCCCAUAAGAUAGGCACCACCGAAAAACCCUGAUGCAGUGACGCUUCAAUAACAGAAGGAAGGUUGGGGAAGCUCUCUCUCUCUCUCUCAGGCUAGUGUUUAUCCCUAGGCACACUCAGCACAGUCAUGCUUAUUUUCCCUUAGAAAUAAUUCCGAUAAGAUACUUAAUUUAAGCAGCAUAUUUUUAUUGGUCAUUUAAGACAAGUUUCACUGAUACCAGAUUUUCUCUGGCUUUUCUUUUUACUAAAUGAACAAGGUAUUUCGUAUUUAGAUGUUUAUAUAUUCUCAUAUCACUUCAGUACUUUCCAGUUACACGUAAGCAAUUUUCUUCAAUCACACAAGAGCAGUUUUGCACCAAGACAUCAACUCCUCUUUCUGCAUCUGCUGUGAGUUUGACAAACUACAACAGGGAUUUGUCAUCUUCUUGCAAGCAAGUCAAUUAGUUCAACAUUAACUUAGUUCGACAUUAACUAUCUGUAUUUUAGAAUGAAGAGAAUCCAAGUCAAGGCCAAAUCCAAAAUAAGGUUCUAAAUGUGUUGGGAUGGUAGCGCUUCCACACAACACCUAAAGAGUACAAUCGAUACGGGCCACCCGUGGGCACUUCCCUCCGCACGCCCGGCUUUUAUAAAAGUUAAGAGCAAAAACUCAACCGUGAAUAAUUCUUCCUCAACCUGAGCGCCCGUGCACUGAACAUGCUGCUCUGGGGACAGCAGAGACUAGAACAUGGAGAAAUUAAUGAAACUUGGACCAACAGAGUUAAAAACUGCGUUGAAGCAGAAGUUCCUGAACUGAUACCCCGAGACCCCAGUGAAUCCAUACCCAGAGGGACCCACUUACAGCUCCAGCUCCAUGUCUCCCAGCAGACUUGGCUGGUGGCUCUCAGUUCCUGGGGACACUGCCCUGUGCUUCAUCAGAUUCCAGCCUGUCUGUGCUAGGCGUGCUGAAGAAUGUAAAGAAUUUUUACAUCUUUUUUUUUACUUUGGUGAUUCUUAUCAGUUUGUAGUAGGCAUAUUAAAAAAGGGAAAAGGAUACUAAGAACUACUAACAGGGGAUUUUGCUUUUGGAAGUGAAGCCUUUCCAACCAAAAAUCACAGAAGUCAUCACGUAGCUUGUCUUCAUACCUCAUUAUGUUCUUCAAAAUGAAAUGAUUCGCUGUUUCAAGAGUUCUUACAGUAUUACCACAUUUUAAACCAACACACCCUUGAUCCUGACACCCUUGAGAACUAUGGGAAGACCACAUGGACUAGAUCUGAGGCAGGUUUUCCUUGCAAGACACCAAAUGACUGGGCUCUUGUGGAAGAGCAGGCUCUGGAAAAGCAGAUGUUUCCUCCAGCGCACGCUCAGCGGUCAGACGGGGACCUCCCCCCUCAGAGAACGGCUGCUCUGUAAACCCUCAUUUUAGAGCAGGAAGAGCUAUGUCUGUGGACACAGGAUUUUGUGUAUCUCACAUUCUUGAGAGCAAGUUCAAAGAUGAGGAUUUUUUUACCACUCCAACUGAAAUGUACAAAUGUUUCUGCGUUGGUCGAGAGAGUAACUGCAGACAUGCUGUUGCUGAUGUUACUAGAGCUGUGUAAAGUAUCUGAAGUGGUCUAACUGGUGGCAGGUGAUAUAUUUUCCAGGUCAUUUUAAUAAAUGCUAUUCUUCAUGA